AUGGGUCUCACAUUCUCCAAGCUCUUCGACAAGCUAUGGGGAAAGAAGGAGAUGCGUAUUCUCAUGGUCGGUCUCGACGCUGCCGGAAAGACGACGAUUCUCUACAAGCUCAAGUUGGGUGAAAUCGUCACCACCAUCCCAACCAUUGGUUUCAACGUCGAGACUGUCGAGUACAAGAACAUCCAGUUCACCGUAUGGGAUGUCGGCGGUCAGGACAAGAUUCGUCCUCUAUGGAGACAUUACUUCCAAAACACCCAGGGUAUCAUCUUCGUCGUCGACAGCAACGAUCGCGACCGUGUUGUCGAGGCGCGCGAGGAGCUCCAGCGCAUGCUGAACGAGGACGAGCUCAGGGAUGCUCUCCUCCUUGUCUUUGCCAACAAGCAGGAUUUGCCUAACGCCAUGAACGCUGCUGAAAUCACCGACAAGCUUGGUCUCCACAGCCUCCGACAACGUGCCUGGUACAUCCAGUCGACUUGCGCCACGUCUGGUGACGGUCUGUACGAGGGUCUCGAGUGGUUGAGCAACUCCCUCCGCAAGGCCGGUCACCAGUAA